UUUCAGCAUUUAAUAACUCCUUUCGCAUUGAAACUUUAAUACCAAACUUCUUACAACUGAUUCUGUUAUAUAUUUGGAGCUUUGCCGUCUUAGAACCAACCAUCAAACACAGAGAUUUUGGUUUCCAAUACAAUGAACCAUCUCUUUGAUCUGCCUGAACAGAUUUGUUAUGUGCAGUGUGGAAUCUGUACCACCAUUUUGUUGGUCAGUGUGCCGUGUAGCAGCUUGUCGAUGGCGGUGACAGUGACGUGCGGCCACUGCUCAAGCCUCCUCUCCGUUAACAUGAUGAAAGCCACUCUGGUUCCUCUCCAUUUUCUGUCAUCUAUUGCUCGCAAUGUGCCCAAAGAAUCAGGUGGAGAAAUGAAUUCUGGGAAGUUCUUGGACAGUUUCAAGGCAUCAAACUUGAAAUUUUCUGAGUAUGAAGAUGAUGAAGGAGGAUUGAUCCCUGUGACACCUCCUGUUGUUAACAAACCUCCUGCAAAAAGACAGCGAGCCCCAUCAGCAUAUAACUGUUUCAUCAAGAAUGAAAUUAGAAGGCUCAAAGCUCAAAAUCCUCAAAUGUCUCACAAGGAGGCCUUCAGAACAGCUGCAAAGAAUUGGGCAAAUUUCCCUCCUAUCCAACAAAAAGAAGACGCAGAGAGCUGUAAUCAGAUCGAGGAAAAUGGGGUUUGGGACACUCAAAUGCCCGAGGUUCACAAUGAUGGAAAGUGUUCCCUAAGGCAUUCGGUAUUGACAUAACUCACCAUUUCAGUGAAGGCAAGGCUGCAGAAAAAGGUUACAGAUUUUGGUGUGUUACUUGUUUUAGGGAAAAAGGGUUUCAAAAUUCCAAUGUCUUAAGAAGGGUAGAUGCCAUUGGGAAUGA